GAAAGACAUAGAUCAGUCAGCCCUGUGCAAAAUAAGUGGACCCAGGGAUCUUCCCGGGUUUCAAUAUUCCGUCGGACGCCCAAUGGUAAUACUGUGUCUGUCCCAGAGCAGGAUACUUGGCCAUCUGCUUGGAUAAAUGUAAAUAUCCCAGUGUUCCUCGUUCAAUCAUCGAGGUUCAAUUUUUCUAAAAGCACAAAUUGACACGCUUCAACUAUGGGAAAGCAUAAACCAAUCCACCACAAACUCCAGCGCAGGCCUUCCCGGGAAUUCGAGGCUACGCUCUCCAAAAGGGUCAGACCCAACACCGGUCACUAACGUCGGCAAUGGCUAUAAUACGUUCUUUGAGUUCGCCAUGCCCACUCUUCUCCAAGUCGACACUCAAUCGGGCGCAGGCUCAAUCACCUCCCAAGUCUAUGUCUGUUCUUCCGCUGAGCAGGUAUUCAAGGCGAUGAACAUCGAAGCUGCCAUGGAGAUUGAUGGCGGCUGGGGUUCCUUCCGAGACAGAAUAGACUUCAUCCAAUCUAUAGGAACGACAACCACCUCUGUCAUCGUUCUUGUGGUUGCCACUGUCGUGAGCAGCACCGAGACUAUCAAAGGUCAAUCGUGGAUUCAGCCCCCUGAUACCGCGUUUGAAGUCUACAAACAGGGUGGAGAUUGUUUCAUCUCUUCUAUUUCUAAGGGAGGCCAGUACCUGGCAGCGUACACUUUCGUAACAUCCGAUGAGACCAGUUUCGAGAGCGUCGUGAAUGUCGCGAGUGCAACAUUCCCCGGGUGGGGUGUGAAUUUUGGAGGCGACUUCGAGACUCGAAUCCAGAACAUUUCAACGGCGACGAGCGUUGCGUGCAACUUCAAUCAAACGGGUAUCGGCUUUUCAAAGGCAAAAUUGCCAAAGUGUGCGGCUGAAAUCGUCAAUUUUGUUAGUGAUUUUGGCACACUGCCAUUGGACAACCCGGCCGUCUUCAAGUACUCUACCAAUUCUUAUAGCUCCGUGUCCGGAUGCCCUGAUUUCUCCCAUAUCGAUGCUUAUCGUCGCACAUACGUGGAUCCUACUCACAACACCCCGCGACUAUCCGACUACGAACUACUCGCAAAGACAAACCUCAAACGCCCCCCUCACCUCAAUUCCAUGGUAGCCGAUAUCACGGGUUGGCGCGAAGCUGUAGAUGAGGACCCGACGAAGCCGGGCAUUACUACUCCAUCAAUCGACAAGACUGUUCUGGUCGUGCCACACCCACGUUACGGGCUACUGGUAGAACCUGCCGCCGGGACCUACGGCGGCGGUGCUUUUACCGAUAUCGACAUCAAACAGAUUGCGCUGCGUUUGCUGCCAAGUAAAAUAAUCAUCCGCGGCUGGGAUGAUGUUGACGCCUUAAUAACGACAUACGAGCUCCAGGAGGGUCCGAACUUGUCAUUCACAACCAGUCACGGCGGAAAUGGAGGCGUGAACUCUCCCGAGAUUGAUCUCGGCCCUGGGGAGUUUAUCACAAGCAUCACCGUGUACUGGGGUGAUUAG